GGGCGGGCUGGAGGUGAGACACAAGCGAAGAAGGGCAACAGGCGCAGGCGACAGGCAGGAGGAGCUCAAGAGGAGGCCAUGGCAGUUCAGUUUGACUGACGUGGAAAUCACCUGGAGUCCGCAAGUAACUUUGGCGGAAAGUAUCGGAAGCAACAUUUAUCUCCUCCUCUAAACCCGAAGUCGACGCUCUCACGGUAACAAAGCAAAGCUCCCCCCCCAAAACAAAAUGAGCCUGGACAAAGCCGAGCUGUGUGACUCACUUCUAACGUGGUUGCAGACAUUCCAGGUUCCAUCAUGCAACAGCAAGCAAGACCUAACAAGUGGAGUGGCCAUAGCACACGUCCUAAACACGAUAGACCCCUCUUGGUUUAAUGAGACCUGGCUGGUUAGAAUCAAGGAAGAGAGUGGCGACAACUGGCGCCUCAAGGUCAGCAACUUGAAAAAGAUCCUCAAGAGCAUGCUGGAAUAUUACCAUGAUAUACUGGGUCACCAAGUGUUGGAAGAGCAUUUGCCAGAUGUAAAUCUCAUUGGUGAGAUGGGGGACAUCACUGAACUUGGCAAGCUAGUGCAGCUUGUGUUGGGCUGUGCUGUCAGCUGUGAAAAGAAGCAAGAGCAAAUCCAGCAGAUAAUGACACUUGAGGAAUCUGUCCAACAUGUCGUCAUGACAGCAAUUCAGGAGCUUCUAUCAAGAGAGCCCCCAUCUGAACCAGGAAGCCCAGAGACCUAUGGAGAUUUUGAUUACCAGUCCAGGAAAUAUUAUUUUCUAAGUGAGGAGGCAGGGGAAAAAGAGGACCUUCGUCAGCACUGUCGGGACCUGGAACAUCAGCUGUCUGUGGCCCAGGAGGAAAAGUUGUCGCUCCAAACAGAGAAUCGUUCCUUGAAGGAGAAGCUGAGCCGCUGCGACUCGCUGGACAUCUCCAGCACUGCCAUCACUGGGAAGAAGCUGUUGCUUUUGCAAAGUCAGAUGGAGCAGCUUCAGGAGGAGAACUACAGACUGGAGAACAGUCGAGAUGACAUGCGAGUGCGUGCGGACAUGCUGGAGCGAGAGUUGGCCAACGUGCAACAAAGAAAUGAAGAUUUGACCAGUCUAGCACAAGAAGCACAAACCCUCAAAGAUGAGAUGGACAUUCUCAGGCACUCCUCCAACCGGGUGAACCAGCUGGAAACUUUGGUGGAGACUUACAAGAGGAAGCUGGAAGAUCUGGGUGACCUCCGCAGACAGGUGCGCCUCCUGGAGGAGCGCAACACCAUGUACAUGCAGCGCACCUGCGAACUAGAGGAGGAGCUCCGCAGGGCCAAUGUCUUCCGUGCUCAGCUGGACACAUACAAGAAACAGGCUCACGAGCUUAGCGCCAAGCACCAAGCCGAGGCCAUGAAAGCUGAGAAGUGGCAAUUUGAGUACAAGAACCUUAAUGACAAAUAUAAUGCACUCAAGGAGGAGAAAGAACGUCUAAUGUCUGAGAGGGACACGCUUCGGGAGACAAAUGAUGAGCUGAGAUGUGCACAAGUCCAACAGAAGUGUCUCAGCGGCGCAGGGGACUUGUGUGACAAAGAGGCCGCAGUAGGAAACCUCGCUGCUGAGAUCAUGCCCACAGAGCUCAAGGAGACAGUGGUGCGCUUACAGAGUGAAAACAAGAUGCUGUGCGUCCAGGAGGAAACCUACAGGCAGAAAGUAGUGGAGGUGCAGGCUGAGCUCGAGGGGGCUCAGCGCAGCAAGAAUGCUCUCGAAACCCAAAACAGGCUUCAACAGCAGCAGAUCUCAGAGUUGCGUUCUCAGGUUGAGGAGCUCCAGAAAGCACUCCAAGAGCAGGACAGCAAGACUGAGGAUGCCAUCUCAUCCUUAUUGAAGAGAAAGCUGGAGGAGCAUUUAGAGAUGCUCCAUGAAGCUCAUACUGAUCUCCAAAAGAAAAGAGAAGUCAUUGAUGACCUGGAGCCCAAGGUGGACAGCAACAUGGCAAAGAAGAUAGACGAACUCCAGGAGAUCCUGCGGAAGAAGGACGAGGACAUGAAACAGAUGGAGGAGCGAUACAAGCGCUAUGUGGAGAAGGCAAAAACGGUGGUCAAGACCCUGGAUCCAAAACAACAGCCGGUGACUGUAGCACCUGACAUCCUGGCUUUGAAGAACCAGCUGACAGAAAAGGACCGAAAAAUCCAUCACCUUGAGCGUGAUUAUGAAAAGAGCCGCUCAAGACACGACCAGGAGGAGAAACUCAUCAUUAGCGCUUGGUACAAAAUGGGGAUGGCUUUGCAUCAGAGAGUGGCAGGCGAGAGGCUGAGCUUGCCCAACCAGUCCAUGUCCUUCCUGGCUCAGCAGAGGCUGGCCACCAACGCUAAGCGAGGCCUUGCUCGAACCCACCCGAGAUAACUGUUCUGUCUCCGUGCCUUUGACUGCUUUACUGCACAUGCCCCCUGGUGGCGUUACACGGUACCGCAUAGCCAUAAUUUGAAUGGGGCGGCUUACCUGUGUUUGGAAGAGCAACAACAAAAAAAUCCUGUCUCACCUUUUAAGGUGAAAUGUAGUCUUUUGGAGAACUGUAUAGUGUUUUUAAUUUUUUUUUUUUAAAUUUCUUUUUAGCCACUUUCACUAGAGUUAGCGUUGCUAGAAUUCUAGUGUAGUCAUACAGUCUUCCGAUGACUUAUUGAACAGAGGAAGAAUAGGAAUGUGGCGUUGCAGCACAGCCGUGAAUAAGGUUGAUGUUAGCCACGCUGAAAUACCUCAAGUAACUCUUUCAGUGCCAUUAACGGUGACAGAUGUCCAGUUAUAUUUGAAAUGAAUUUUUCGCUAGUAGACGUUCAACCCAUUUGAAAUGGGAGGGUAGGAACAUUCGUUCUUGCGCUGCCACCCUACGGCUUCAAAUGGAUUGGACGUCUAGCGCUGUCAAUGGCAUGCAAUGAGUUAAUACACUGUAAUAAGUACCACUACUUGAACUACACUUGGUUGGCUGUUUAUUUUUUUUUCUUUUUCAUGUGAAUGGGCUCAAUCUGCACAAUAGGAUAUGUCCUAUCUUUAAACUUGUUUUCACUUGAAUAGUCCUGAAACAAAGUUCACAUGAUCAGCCAAAGCACUUUCCCAUAGUGGCCUUUAAAAUGUCACCAAAUCCUUCCUUGUGUGGUUCAAAAUGAAGUAUGUUCAUAGACUUGGUAUGGUAUAUUUUCGGUGUACUAAUCAUUUGGACUCCCUAUCUUGUCAUAUUUUCUGUAGAUGUUGGUAGAAAAGCAUGUCACACUGUGUGUUUGUUUAGAUUUAUUAGCUUAUUUGCAUGUCCUAAUUCUCAUGAGUUUUAUUUCAUGAGACUUUUUUUUUUCCCCCCUCCUCAUUUUUUGAAGCAGGGUAAGAAUGGUCGUGGGUCAAACCUUAAAUGCACUCACCACUUUAGACACUACAGAAAUGUGAAUGUAGGCAACUGAAUGCCUCCAAAUACAUAAUGUGAUGGACGUUGCAACACUAAAACUAUUUUAAAAUUGAAUUUUACUACUAUACUUAAAGCAGACUGUUCUCAAGUUUGCACUACAAGAUAACUACUGCUUAUUUUCUACAGAUGAGUUACCGUAAUUCGACCAUAUCAUAAUAUUCAAUGUUAAAGCUGCUGCUUCGUGUCUUGUCCUUCAUCUUGUUAACAUAUGCUGUUGUCUUUACAGACCAAAAUUUACGUGCACAUUUUUUUUGUGGUUUAUCAUUGGUGUGGUGUGUUUGAUGUUUUCACAUUUUCUCAUAUUUGUUAGAAAAUUGGUCGAGACGAUCGCAUACUGUACUUGAUGCUUGAUACUUGAGGGUCUGACACGUCAAACAUUUAGUAGUCUUUUCCAGUUUUGCACUACAAAUAAAUGGGAGUUUAAGAUAAAAAUG